UAAUUAAAUCUGAACCCUUUAUUUUUUUUGUAUACCUUUCGGAGUCUUGAAUGUGACACAGCUUCUUAUUCUCUCUUGUUCAGCUUCUUUUGAAUUGCUGAUUUGAAGUUGUUGUUUUGGUUCCAAUAUUGUAUAGCUUGAGCAAAGAAAAGAUGGGGUUGGGUAUUUCAGUUUUGAUAGGAUUUAAGGCAGCUGUUAUGUUCCUCUUCUUUGCAUACCUUAGAAGCUUUGGUUUCACAUUGUUAUCAAUGCCAUUCUUGUAUACCUCUUUGAUAUCUUUGUUAAUUUCUAUUGCUUCACAUCCUUCUAUCAAUCUUCCCAUGUUCUUGGGCAAGAACUCAGAUGGGAGCUUCCCCAUUUGGUCCAUAAUUAUGUUCAGCCCUUUUUUGAACUUCGUUCGAGGUUUCUCAGCAUUGCGGAGAUUGGGAAGCGGGGAAGCCCCUUAUAAUGAAAUUUGCGAGGGAUUGUAUGUUGGCGGAUGGCCUUCUUCGCCGGAAAAAUUGCCGUCCGGUAACCCUGCUGUCGUCGAUUGUACUUGUGAAUUGCCAAGAAGGCUGGAAUUCUCGGGCCAUGCCUAUUUGUGUAUCCCAACUUGGGAUACGAGGAGUCCUCAGCCGGCUGAGAUCGAGUCAGCUGUUCAGUGGGCUUGUCGAAAGAGAGCUCAGAACAGGCCUGUGUUCAUCCACUGUGCAUAUGGUCAUGGAAGAAGUGUUGCUGUCAUGUGUGCACUAUUAGUGGCUCUAGGCGUGGUGGAAGAUUGGAAAAAUGCCGAGAAGCUAAUCCGAGAAAGACGCCCUUAUAUUCGGAUGAACGCUCUCCAUUGCAAGGCCCUAGAAGAAUGGUCAAAAGACCGGCUAUCUUCUCCUAUGAAGAUCAGAGAAAUGGAUAUAAGUUCAGUAAUUCUGCCCGACUCUUAUGGUAGAUUGCGAUCUGGUAGGACUGCGAAGACAAAUGAAUGACAUGCUCUCCCUUCAUUGCA